CCCCCCUGUUUGGAUUUUACUUGGAAGGAGGUAGUUCAAUAUAGCAGAUUUAAUUAAUUAAGAAAGAAUGGGAUGCAAUGACGACGAAACACAUAAUAUCCAGUUUAAAAAGAAGAAGAAGGCGAAACCUUUAAGGAAACGCGAAGCUUCUCGGUUUGAGCGAGGGAGAGAAAAUGUCCAAGUAGAAAGUCGAGGAAACAAAGAUUAUUCAGAAAUUUCGUGAGAGACCGGCUGGCGUCGAUAUUGUUGGUUUGGCGCUCGGACAAAGCGUUGUAUCUGAUGUGUGUGGUCGGAUCCCUUUAAUAUGAAAACCGGAGGAAAAUAUGACUAUGCUGAAGAAUACAAAAUAUAAGCUAAAUGACUCUUACGACACCAGCAUUAGAACCCAAUUUAAUAUGGAGACCAAUAAACGCGACGAAGAAAUGAUCAAGUAUAUAGAAGAAGAAUUAUCGAAGCGCACGAGUAAAACUAAUAACAAUGCAGCGAAUAGUACGAAUAAUGACAAGGGAUCAUAUUGCUUGCCAGAGGAAACAGCAUUGCGCACAGUACUGGACGCAAGUUAAGCGAGAAAAUUUGACGAGAUGCUUUUGACGACUUGAUUUUGGUUUAGCAGCAGGAAUAUCAGGCGAAUUACAUUGUUAACAGUAACUUAGAGUUGGCAACACUGCUAUCAUAUCGUAUGGUAUUGGUAGUCUCAUAUGGUCUCACAUGGUCUUACGGUCUCACACAAGAGUUACAACGAGAGCAGAAAUAAAUUAAUCAGGAAUCAAGAAUUAACGAAGAAAAUGUUUAUAUAUGAUAUUGAUAAGUGACUGUAAAUAACAUGGACUAAUUUAUUAGUGUGGAAGCUUUUUAAAGAUUGAAACAAGAUAAUGUAAUAAACAUAAAAGAAAUUACAGAAUUGAGUAGUACGAAGAGGCUAUGCUGCUGGAAUGAUUAUAAAGAAUGAAGUGCCCAAUAAUCUAAUUAGUGGCACCUUAAUGUAAAAAAAAAGAAAAAUAUUGUGUGCAUGUAUAAUUCGCAGAGCGUGAAACAGUCACUCUAAUGUGAGCUUUUAUUUCAUCUCAAGCAAACGUCUCCAAUCAAUCUCCGAACGGCGAGCCGCAUCAUGCGCAUCAGACGUCGCUCUUCUUUUCGCGACAAAUCUCGAUCUCAAGUCGCGUUGACAGCAAACGGAAGUGACGUGACACGGGGUGGUUUGCUGGGUCGGUUUUCUUGUGCUUACUCGUGCUCCAGAAUGAACAUGCAUGCACAUCACUGGCUUCCUUCCACAUGUGAAUAAGUAGUGCGGUCGUGCUGCGGCGACUGUUUACUGUUUAAAUUAAGCAUACCUUGGGGAAUGUUAGCGUCGCGAUGAAGAUAUCAAGAUCCACUAUUGUCCUCUUAGGCUUGAUGCUGAUAUUCUCUAUUCUCAUGGCGAACAUUGUUGACUUCAUCACCACCGACCCUCACCUUCUGGACGAGACCUUGGGUGACAAUAACGGGGAUGUACAGUGGUCCGGACCAAAGUAUUAUAACAUAGGAAAUUCGUACAGUCACUUGAUAUGGUUCCUACAGAUAACCGACUUACAUAUAAGUGUCUUCAAGGAUCCAUCUAGGCUGUCGGAGUUCAAGGAAUUCUGUAAUGUAACAGUAAAUACCAUUCAGCCUAGAGUAGUUCUUGCCUCAGGAGAUUUGACUGAUGCCAUAGUUAAAAAUGGAUUUGGUUCUAAGCAAGAACACCGGGAAUGGCAGCAUUACAGACAUGUAUUAGACCAAACUAAUGUUAGAAAGAAAGUUUUAUGGCUAGACGUGAGAGGAAAUCACGAUAACUUUGACAUCAUCAAUUUCAACUCCAAGAAUAAUUAUUAUUCGCAUUACUCCGUUCAAGGAAAGAAACAUCCUAGAUCCUACAUGUACAAUGUCAAUACCGGAUUUGAAGUAUACUCCUUUAUUGCGAUUGAUGCUUGCCUAAAACCGGGCCCCAAAAGACCAUUCAAUUUCAUUGGCAUCUUAGAUCAAGAUGAGAUUAAUAGGAUACAACAGUUAGUUAACGCGUCAAAAGAGAGCAAUGCUGUUCAUGCAAUCGUGUUUGGUCAUUAUCCCACUUCAAGCAUAAUAUCGCAAGCUGAUACAAAUAUAAGAAGUAUUUUAGGUAGUCACAGAGAGAGUAUGGUGUAUCUGUGUGGUCACUACCAUACACUUGGCAGUAUGGUACCCCACAUGUACACAUUACAAAAGGCAGGCUUCCUUGAACUAGAAUUAGCAGAUUGGAAAGAAAAUAGAAUGUAUCGUCUUGCAGCGAUAGAUCAUGGUCAAUUCUCAUUUAUUGAUAUAAAACAUAAAGAUUGGCCUGUGGUGUUAAUUACCAAUCCAAAAAAUGUGCUAUUUAUGAUGCCACAAAAAGAAAAUUUAGAAUCUAUUGUCAAAUCUACACAUGUCAGGGUGCUGGCAUUUUCUACAGUUCCAAUAAAAACAGUCGAAAUUCAAUUGAAUGAUGUUUGGCAAAAAUGUAAUCACGUGGAUGGACCUCUUUAUGUAUUGCCAUGGAAUGCAACAAAAUACAAGGAGGGCAUUCAUCAGAUAACAGUACGUGUAAUUGAUAACGAAGACAGAACAAAAAUUAUAUUACAUUCUUUUUCUCUUGAUGGAUCGUGGUUAUCUACUUCUAUUUUUCCCAAGUUAUUGCUGAUGGUUAACAUAGUUUAUAUUUUUCAAUUCCUGUUCUUCUUUACAUUGGCAUUGUCCAUUGUCCCACUGUGCUUCCUUCGAUUAGUUCACACAUAUUACAAGAAUAAACGCAUAGAUUUGCCGCGGCGACGCAUGAGAUGUUUUUACUUGUGGCUGAGAAAACUAUGGAUAUUGUCUGCCGUUGAUAAAGUGUUUUUUGUACUAUUACUGUACACGUUAUAUUUCACCAUCGGACCAUGGACCGUGGGAGAAAUAAUUGAAGAUCACAUAGGCGUCAUCUUUGUGUGGGGAACGUUUAUUGGAAAUAUGUAUUUACCUGGCGGCCUAACUUACGCUUAUGGAUUCCUUCAAUUGAUAUGUUUUCAUGUUCCCCUUACGCUAACUUUAGCACAUCACGUUGAUCGUAGAUUACGAGAAGUUGAAUGUUCCUCGCGAGCUGUGUCAAAAUUCCGUAUGAUUUGGCGGUUUUUACCAAUUUUAAUAUUAAUCUUUUUACAAUUUGUUAUGGGUUAUAUCUUAUAUCUGGAGUAUGGUACAACAGCGAUAUUGUUAUGUCCAUUACGAACGGGAAGUGUCAUUGUAGCAAUAGCACUAUACUAUUAUAUUGCUACAAUGCCGGUUUCGUGCUUAAGGUCUGCUGCAUCCGUGUGGUGUCCUAAUGGAGCCAUUGAUAACAACAAUGCAAUUCAAUAAGAAUGAAUAGCAAAAUAACAGUUAGGAAUGUUGGUAAGCUAAUAUUUUAUUUGAACAGUUAAUAUUACUAAUAGGUUUACGAAUGGAAAUGUUAAAUAUAUUACAUUAACACUUUAAGUAGAAUUGCCAUAAUACUCAGAGGCCAAUUACGUUUUAAGAAAAAUGAUUAGGUAUAUUGAAAAUAAUGAAAUUAUUUUUUUAUUUCAUAUUUUAAGAAAAAGUUUUAAGUGGGUAUUCUAGAAUCUGAAUUUUUAUACUAUAUUUGCGAAUUUUUUAAAAGAAAGUAUAAGGUUUUUUGGGACAGGGUUUUUUUACAUAUUUAUAUAUAUUUAAAUGUUUCAAAAUUUUUUUAUUAAAAAAUAAUUAUAAAUAAGCGCUGUAUAACAUUGAAUGAGACCAUAAAAAAAUUUAUCCAUAGUUACCAUGAUUCCGAUUGUUGCACUCAUCUGAAACAAAAACAAUUAAAGAGAUUCUUAAUUAGUAGGAAUUUGAUUAUAGUAGGUAUCAAAUCUAAUUAUAAAGAGAUAAUUUUAUUUACGAUUAAUCAAUUAAUCCAUACUGUGGCCUUCCUCCUACUCAUAAAUAUUCUGCAGGGCUUGUUUUCUCUUUCCUCCAAUUUAUUCUCUCUAGCAAAGCCAUUUGAGCGCUGCUCCGAGCGGGUGAUACUUUGUUCUGGAAAAUUAUUUGUUUUCUGAUAUAUAUGUCCGCUUGCUGACUGCUGAAUGGGCAUUUCUGUUACAUUCAUAACUUUCAGAAUUUAUUUACGUAUAUAAUUUACGUAUAUAAGAUUUUUGGUGUGUAAAUAAGCAAAUAACUUAGCUUGCACUCGCCUUCACAUUCAAAGCCACACUGAACCAAAAAACAAAUGCUCCUUCACAAACAAGUCAAAAUCAAUCGUACUUUAGAAAAACCCUAUUCCUAAAUGUAAAACCUUCCAAAAUUAACAAUCUUCCAAACCUUAGCUAAAAUAUACAUGUCAACACAAUGCUCUAUUGUGCCUCACGCAUCAAACAUGCAUCAGAAAUUGCACCUUAUUAGGUGCUUUUACUUUGUUAAUUUUGCGAUGAUAUAUUUUCCAUAAUAAAUACUUCCAAAAUAUGUAAAAUUUUAAAAAUCCGAUUUUUUCGACUCGCUAAACUAGAAUAUCCUCUUAAAUAUUGUUUGCAUUUUGUAAUGAAAUAAUAUUAUUUACUAAGUAUCUUUUAUUAUAUUUAAUUAUUUUCUUAUAGAUUCAUAUGAUUAUAUAGAAAAUCAUGUUAAUUUUAAGCUAUGAUACGCUUAUAGUACAAUGUGAUAAUUAAGUGUGUAUAAGAUUUGCAUUAAUAAUUAUUAUUUUCUAUUUCCAUAUUGUUUGUAAUUCGAGAAUUUCUUUAAUAAAAUGCUUUUAUUUUUACAAACAGUAGUCAAAUUAAAAAGAGAGAUAAAGAAAAUAUUUAUAUAUUGUAAAUGUCGCUAUUUUGUACUUUCAUGCUUUAACUCUUAACUGUAGUAUAACAAUAGAGACAUAUAUUGAACAACAGAAUUGUGAUAUUUUCUAAUCUAAUCGACAGAGCUUUAGGAAACUAUUGUAUAUUGUAACAGCGCUCUGUUCAUAAUUUUUAACCAAAUCUUCUGAUCACUUCCUUAUAAUAUUAUAUAUUUUUCUACUUCUCUAUAUUUGGGAUCCAUACUAUAUUCUUUUCACAAUUAUAUUUUAUAGAUGUAUCUAAAAACAAUCUCAGAAAUUUAUCUAUGUUUUCAUUAUAGAAUGUUACAAAAAUAGUAGAUAUAUAGAUAUAAAUAGAUUUAGAUGUAAAAUUUAACUGUUUUUAUUUAAGAUGUACUUUGUGCAAUGUGCAUUGGCUUGUACGAACUAUGCAAAUUCGGGAUGUUUACUACAACGUGAAUAACCUGAGAAAAACCAGGAAGACUUUUUAGAGAAUUUAUUGUUUGUCUUUAGAAAUUAUGAAUUUUAUUAAGAAAAAAAUCUGAAAAGUUUUUUUCAAUUUUACUUUUAAAUUUAAAUUCUAUCUUUUUCUAAUAAAAUGUUUUCUUGGCUCAUUUUCACGAUAUAAAAUCAAUUAGUAAUAAAUACGGCAAAUUCAUCUGCGCACAUUCUUAUCUGAUUCGUGAACUUUUAAAAAAUUAUGGACAAUAUAAAAAACGAUAUAUUGUUCUAUAGUAUUAUGUGUUUAUUCAUUUUUGAAACUUGUACUUCCAGUGAGUUAGAAUCAUAUAUUACGGACAGAUUGCGUUAUAUAUCAUAUAUAGUUUUAUCAUAUUUAUUUUUUAUACUUGUUCAAAUUUAACAUUAAAAACUUAAAUAGAUUUUUGCAAUUGCGAGGAAUUCUUUUACAAACUUUGAGUAAACGUCCUAUAAUUGCUGUGGUCCUAAAAACAACAAUUGGAUUUAGAAUAACUGUGCCAUACGAUUUUCAAAAAGGUUUACUACCUUUGAGAUAAAGUACAUAAGAUACUAAAAGAAUGUAAUGAAAGUAACAGUAUUCAAUUAAUUAGGGUGUGAUUACGUAUUAUCAUAUAUAAUUGAACGUAACAUUAUGUAUGGAUCAUUUAAUGUAAAUGUACACACUAACUGAUAGACUACAAGAAUUUACGAAAGAAUAUAUAUAUGUUACAUAAUAAAUGCAAAAAUGUUGCGUAAUAAAUUUAAUUAACAAUUGUCCACAAUUAAGGAAUGAUAUUAUUUGCUUAAGAAUAUGGCAAUUCUUAUAUGUAUAUGUAUUCUUACGGAUAGUUUUCACAAAGAUAUGAAAUAACAUCGUCAAUAAGUAUUGUUAAAAACCGACAAUCUUAUAGAACUUUGCAUGACUAUUUUACAUUUAAAUGGAUAAUUAAAUUUAUAUUAUUUGUAAUAUUAAUUUUAUGCUCUUUAUUAUUAUAAAUCAAAAGUUAUUAUUUAAAAGAUACAUAUCAUAUAUCAAUUAGUUUUUGUAUAAUUUGUUAAUAUUUGAGAUCAUUAUGUAUUUAGAGUUACCUAAUGUUUUUUAAAAUAAAUAAGAAGAAAUUAAAAAGUAGAUAUAAAUUCUUAAUCAAUAAAAAACUAUUGUAACUGCAUAAACUUUAGUUUCUCGUUAGAGUGUAAAAAUUAUUUCAAGUAAUUAUUUUUGGUGUCAUAAUUUUCUUAAGCAAUUGUAGAGAAAACACUUAAGUUACUUUUCAAAGAAAUAUCCAAUUUUCAAUAUGCAAUUACAUAUUUUUAACAUAACAAUGUAUUUUCCAUACAUCAUUUAUUUCUCUCACUAUUCUCUGCAUAAAAAUAUAAAGUAAUACAAUUAUAUAAAAUUAAUAGUUUACAAGAUAUUUUAUAUUUUAUGUUGAAAUAUAUGAUAAUUAUAAAAUAUCUUAUAUCGAUUUUUCUCAACUUUACCUUUAUAGUUUCAUAUAUAAAAUAAUUAGAAAGAUAUCACAUUAAAAAAUUAUAUAGCUUUAUUUUUAAAAAUGGCAAUAACUUUUACAUGUUUUUUUUUAAUUGCUUUUGUUUGAAAAAAAAAUUUUUUUAUCUUCCAUAAUUUUCAAGAAUUUUCAAUGCGCCACUUAAAAUGAGAAACUGCAUGUAUAUAAAACUGAUUAUUAAAUAGAAUAUUAUAUUAUAAUUUAAUUUGAUACUAAUGUUUGACAUUUGUUUUUCCUAUGUAAUGUUUUAACCCGCAAAUAGUUACUUAGAAUAUUUUUUUUUACUGGAACAAUUAAUGAAAACUUAUAUUAGAUUUGCAAUGUUAUAUACGUUAUACUCACGCGAGUGAUAAUUGUAGACAAAAAUGUAGUUUUCUUCCAAAAAUAUAUGAUAUUUUAUAUCGUAAA